AUGCCGAUCGGUGAAGCGGCCACUGUUUGGCAACUGUAUAGUCGAUGCAGUUCCGCUUUUGUACAGAUUUUUUUGAAACAUGCUAAUGCGAGAGGACAACAAUUCAAUCACUGUUUAACCGAUUUUCUAGUACAUGCAGACAAUGAAGGGCGCAUUCGGAUGGAAAAUGCUCUUACCGGUAAAUUUAUAUGCUUCAAUAAACGACAAAGGCUCGCAAUUAGAAAUGACGGGAUGGAUGAAAAAUGCCUUUUUCGUGAGCAACUAACAUCAUCUGGAUAUACAAUGUUUCAAUCCGCAUGGAAACAAAACUUAUUUCUUGGAUUUAACAGAAAAGGAAAAUUUCAAGAUCCAUCACAAAUCAACUCAAAACGGCGGUGUUUUUUAUUUACCAAGUUGUUGCGUGAAGUAAAAUCAACACGAUUAACGUCCUGUUCAAAGCCGGAAAAGGAUGAUCAAACAGAGUUGGAUCUCGAAUCGAAACGACAGCGCUAUUUGUACAAUGUUGUCCGGGAAUCACUACUAAGUCGAAUUCGAGCUACAGCCUAG